AUCUCAGAUGUCAGCUGUGGAGUUUCCUUUGGUUCAGUCUCUGCAUGUUUACUGCACUUUCAGUGUAAUUUUCCUGUGGAGUGAGCACAUCAAAUCGGGAUGUUUGUUCUCAUCUGGGCGACUUUGAUUUUCUCUGUAAGAGGCAGCAAUGCAGACACAGGAGCAUCAGUGGAGAAAAGAACACGCUGUCAAAGUGAUUUCUGUAUCACUCUUAAUGAAGGAGAAACAACAGCAGAGGCUGGACUCUGUGUUGUGAUACCGUGUUCUUUCACCACUAGUUAUGACUUCACACCCCAAAAUAUAAUUUGGUACAAAUGCGAACAAUCUAAACAGAUGUGUGAUUCAGACAUGAUAUUCCACACUAACAAGAACAACAGAAAAGUUCAGUCUGGGUUUAAAGGACGAGUGUCACUAUUGGAGCCUGACGUGAGUCAGAAGAACUGCAGCAUCAUCAUCAGUGACCUCACUGAGUCAGACUCUGGAUCAUAUCAGCUCAGAGUUACUGCUGUCGCCUGGUAUGAGAGGGCAGAUGGAUUUACAUUCUCUCCAAGAGCAACUGUCUCUGUUAAAGAUCUGAUCCAGACGCCCACAGUUAUGAUUCCUCCACUAACAGAGGGACAGCAGACCACACUGACCUGCACUGCUCCUGGUCUCUGCUCUGGAUCUGAUCCUGAAAUCACCUGGCUGUGGAGAGGACCAGGACAGAACGACUCUCACAUCACAGGAAACAUCACUGCUUUCAAGACUGAGACUGCUGUCACACAAAGACACAGCUCAACUUUGAUGUUUAACUCUUCAGCUGAACACCACGGCACCAAUGUCACCUGCAGGGUCAGGUUCACAAACAACAUCACUACAGAGGAGACAGUGACUCUGAAUGUGACCUAUGUGAAGGAAGUUAAAAUCACUGGGAAAACACGUGUGAAGGAGGGUGAGACUCUGAAUCUGACCUGCACUGUUGAAAGUUUCCCUCCAUCUCUAAUCACAUGGACUAUAUAUUCUGACAAAUACAAGCAAAAUGGAACAGAAACUACUCAGCAGAACGACACUGAAACCUACCUGCAGGAAGAAAGUGGAAUAGGAACUUUUUCCAUCGCUAACAUGACAGCAGAAGAUUCAGGACAGUACACCUGCACAGCCAAACAUCUGAACAACACCUGAUCCAACGUUGAUGUAACAGUGAUGUAUAUGAAAAAGCCUGCAAUCACUGGGAAUAUGAUUGUUAAGGAGGGAGAUGCUCUGGAUCUGACCUGCAGUGUUGAAAGUUUCCCUCUAUCUCAUAUCACAUGGACUGUUCUUGGUUCCAACACACACCUGCGUAAUGGACCUGAGACUGGCCUGCAGAACGACACUGGAUCAGCCACACUUGUCAUUCAUAAUGUGACUGUAGAACAUUCUGGACAGUACAUCUGUACAGCAAAACACCUGGACACGACUCUGACUGUAAAUGCUGAUAUAACUGUGACUUUGUUUCCAAAGAUCCUGAACAGCUCUGGAUGCAGAAAUCAGUCAGAGGUUCUGACCUGUAUGUGUAUCAGUGAAGGGUUUCCUUUACCCACCAUUAAAUGGCCGCUGUUGAAGGACCACACUGAAUACUCUGUUAUUACCACUGUGUCCAAACACACAGUCAACAGCACCAUCACCCUAAAAGCAAAUGACCACAACAGCACUGUUGUUCAGUGUGUCAGCAGCAAUGAGGCAAGCAGAGAGGCAAAAGAGAACUUCACCAUCCGAAUAAACGCAUCCGAACAAGAGGAUCAAUCCAGCAAACUCUUAAAAAUGGUUUCAUGGCUGAAAAUCGUCAUUGCCUUUUUGAUUGGGGUACUCUUUUCAGCAGCCCUUUGCUCUUUGGCAAAGAAAUGCCAAAGAAAGAAACUGAGCUCUGUAAAUCUGGAUGAGACUCUGCAGAUGGUGACUAGUCAAGAGGAUCCUUUGAUAGAUCCUUGUCAAGCACUGGAAGAUGACCUGACCUACUACCAAGAGGCAGCUGAAGUAGGAGAAGAUGUAACAGCAGAAAAAGCAGCCCCUGAUCUUGAUGGUGGAGCAAAAGAUGUGGAGUACGCCAGCAUUAAUUUCUCUGUGUUGAAAAGAAAGAGUCCCAGGGAGGCAACAAAGAAGCAAGAGACCACCGAGACAGAAUACGCUGAAAUUAAGAAGCAAGUAAAAGAGGACAGAGAAGACGACGACAGAGAGGAAGGUGAAUUAUUUGAGGAAAAAGAGGAGGAGGCGAUGAUAGUGGAGGAUGAGGAGUCAAAACAUUGUGUCUCAGAAGACGAGGACGUGGCGGUGUACUCCAACGUGAAGGAUAUAAUGGGUGAGAUUUAAAGACUGUUGGAUUGUGGAGUAAUGUUUCUUUGCUCUCAUCAGAUGUAACGGAUUGAAGUAAUGGACUCAUGGAUUGUUAUUCUGGUGAAUGAAUGGCAGUCUUGUGAACUGUUUCUACCACAAGCUGUGAUCUUCGAAUGCUAAAUUCAGUCUGUGAGAAUCUGAAGUGAGAGAGAGACUUCACACUGUCUACAUGUUAGGGGCUGUUCAAAUCUAUUCAUUCAAAUGAGGGUGGACUGAAAGUUGGACAGAAUUUCCAUUUUAUCCAAAUGUUAUUUUGCUUCUAUGUGUUCACUUUUCAUAAACCUUCCAGAUAAAUGUUACCACAUCCGUGAAAAGGCUUACAGUGCCAGUGGUGUGCAGGGGCAACCACCUCUGUCCUCUCUGCUCUGAGAGGUGAUGUGUACUUUUGUGGGGGAGUUUUUAAGCAGAACAAAUAAGUAUGUGCUCUUGUGGUGCGGUGGAGUGGUUAUUUGUUGUGGGUAAUAAAUGUUGGCCCACCUCUUUGGUCCAGACUAAAUAUAGCAACAACUAUUUGAUGACAUUUAAAAAUAUGGUUCCCAUUCCAGAGGACUUUCCUCCUACUCCACUGUGAGGGUGACAUUUGUGUUGAUGUAAUAACUUUGGUGAUCCUGUAACUUUUUAUCUUGCACCACAGAUAAAAAUUUGUAUUUUUCCAACAGUUUAUGGCCAAAUACUUCCAAGAUUGUGAACAUAGUAACAUUUCACAUGGUUAACAUCAGUAUGUUAUUGUGAGCAUGUUAGCAGGCUAAUGUUAGCAUUUUAGCUUGAAGCACAGCUGUAGUUUCCCUGAGAGGGUGGCUGUAUGAUUUGUCUUGCUUCAGUUUGCAGUCUGCAGCAAACAAAUUCAAAGGAUAGGUUGACACUUUUUUUAACUUCUCAGUGCAAUUUUCACAUGCACAAAAGUACAGUGUUAGAGAUGGAGGACAACCACACAUAUUAUGAGGCUUUGGCAGAACUGAGUAGAGACAAAUCAAGUGUCUUGCAAAGUUAGUUUCUGUAGCACGAAACUCUCUCCUUGUGUUUCUAUGGACAUUGUUUUCUUGCUGAUUAGCAGUUACCUAACUCAGACUGCUGAAGCCUAUUAUUAUUGCAAACUGAACUUUGGGAUGUAUCUUUUGACACCAUGACGACUGUAGAGUUUGUCCCUCAUAUCUUAUAGUGGAAAUGCAUGACAAUAGGAUCCAUACAGAUACAGUAUGAACGGAAGGAACAAUUGCAAUUUACCAGUUUUUAUGUACGUUAAACAAGUGUGAAUUUAUGUUGGUAUUCAUCUGUAUAUUAAAUAAAAAAGAAUCGAUAAAUAACAAAUUACA